CCGACAUUAUAUAUAAGCUCAUCUUCGAUUUUUCUCAUGACGUCCUUUCUUCCUCAUCCUUCUGUCUCUCUCUCUCUCUCUCCCCCUGUGAAAACCCUAAUUCAAAGUCUUUUUCUCUAUCCUACCUCAUUUCUUUCUGAGAUAACAAACGAGAUCGCCAGCCUGAAUGUAAAUGGAGACACCAAUUUAUACAUGUGGAGAAUUGUUCAGCAUUUGGGUGUGAAGCAAAUUAAUAAAUAAUAGGAAUAAUGGAGGCUAAUAUCUGUGAUGUCAAUCACUUGGAUGCGGAUGUCCUUUUGCCUCCUCGAAAGCGCCUGCUUGCUGGAUUGAAAAAGCAAAGCUCGGAAGCUGAUGGUGCUUUGGGUCUCUCUCUAAUUGCUUCUUCUGCCUCUGCUUCUGCUUCAUCUGCUGCUACUUUAAGCGACUUUGAAACACGUCUUAACAACCUGUUAAGCUCUCAUUCGAAUAAUCCUAACCUUACACCAGAGGAAAUAGUUGAGGCUUCAAAAUCAGCAGCUAUUGCUGCAGUUAAGGCUGCAGAGGCUGCGAGAGCUGCCGCUGAAGAAAAGGCUGCAAAAGCAUCAAAGGCAAAGGCUGCCGCCAAGAGCGCCUUAGAUUUGGUUGCCUCAUUUUCUGAAGAGGCAGCCUCUAAGGAAAAAUAUCUGAAAAAGAAUAGGCUGAAGAAGCAUCUUCCAGUUCGGCUUUUGUACAAAAAAUACCAACCGAUUGAGAAUAACAAGACAGAUGAAGAGUUGGCCCGUAAGUUGCAUCGAGCUAUUAACAGCUCCCCCAGAAUCUUGAAGAACUCUUCAAGUUCUGACUGGAAGGGUCAUAAACACAAGAAGCCUAAAAGCUCAGGGAGUUCUGAGAAAAGUAGGGUAUCCAAUGGGGGUAUCUUGUUGGAAGGACACCUGCCAUCUAUGUCCAAUGGUCAUGCUGUAACAGGCAAGGUCAAUUCUGAGGGUUCCAUCCGAGAGUUAUACACACACAAAGCAGAUGAAAGGGCCUCCAAGUUUGAUAAAGUAAGCCGACUAGAGGUGGAUAAUGAAGAAGCAGAAUCAAGUCUGCCAAAGGAUAAAACUGGGGAAGAUGUGUGUACAACUGGUAAAAAAAGGGGAAGAGUGAAGCUAAAAAGGUUGCCGCUAAGCAUUUGUACUUUUAGGGAUCGGUCAAACCCCAAGGAGGAGACGAAUGGGAGAAGCACCCCAAUGACUGAGAAUAACGUGGGCAGCCCCACUGCUGGCAGUAUGCCCUUAUUCUCAAUGCAGCCUUCGGCCGAUGGUGUGAUGCCAAUUGGGGCUACACCGGUGUGGAAAUGCCAAGAGUUCAAAGUUCCAACUUGUGUCGAGCAAAAUAAAGUACUGCAGUCGUGAUGUUCAAAUGUAAUGUGGUGGCAGGUGGCUACUGUGAUAGAAGUUGAUAGCUGAGGUAGGUUCAUGGUGCUCUUUUUUACAGAAACGGCUUUCUUUGAUUUAUCUUUUUUGCUCAUUUUUUCUGGCUUUGUAAUGAAGAUAAACUGACUGAAUGUAAAUUUAGAUAUUUAAUUGCUUGCAUCCGUGCUUUACAGAAUGGCAAAGCUUCAAGUUAGGAUUCAAGUGAUGGAAUAAAUUGAAUAGUAUUUGUUAACAUGUUGCA